AUGAAUUCAACAAUAAAUUACUUUUUAGUAACCCAACUAAUGAUAAUGAUUCAUGGAUUGAUAACAGCUGUUAUUUCAAAUAAAUUUCCAGAAAUUUUAACUCAAACAUAUAAUCAAACAUUAAAUAUAUCAGAUACAGCUAUUUUAACAUGUCAUGUUAAAAAUUUAGGUAAUCAUCAUGUAACAUGGCUUAAAUAUGAUUCAAAUACAUUAACAUAUUUGCCAUUAACUGUUGGUGAACAAGUAUUUUAUUCUGAUACACGUUAUUUUGUAUCAUCAUAUUCAACAUCAUUAGAUAAUUCAUAUUGGAAUUUAGAAAUCUCAAAUUUAAAAUUAUCCGAUGAAGGUAUAUAUGAAUGUAAAAUAUCAAAUCGUCGUGGUAGUGUAUCAAUACAAAUUUAUUUACAAAUACAAAUACCAAUGACAAUAAAACCUUCACGUUUAUAUGUUGAACCAGGCUCAUCUGUUGAAUUAGAUUGUACAAUAUAUAAUAUAAAUACAUCAUCAAUAACAUGGCAUUUUUCAAGUUUAAAUCAUACAAAUAAAUAUAAUAUUUAUCAUUAUGAUAUAUAUGAAAAAUAUCAUAAUGAAAAAAAUAUUUCUAAAUCACAAUUAAUUAUACGUCAUGCACAACCAUAUCAUUCUGGUUUAUGGACAUGUACCUAUAAAAGACAACGAAGAAGUGCAAAAAUUUUUGUUGAAAAAGGUGCAUUACAACAUCAUCAUCAACAGCAACGUCUUGUAUCAAAUAAUCAUUCUUCUUUUUCUAUUCAAUGUACCAUGAGUUUGAUCUUAUUUACACUUCUCCUUGGUCAUCAUAUGACCUAUAGAAUAUGA